CUGGGAAUGCACAAGGUCUUGUCCAUGGAUGUGACCCUUGCCCCGAGAGACCCCCAAGCUCCUGGCCAGUUUGGGCACCCCGUUACAGUCCCUGAGGAUAAACAAGAAGAAGCAAAGAGUAGAUGGAAAGAAGGAAACUUUAAUGUCUACCUCAGCGAUUUGAUCCCCAUCGACCGCGCCGUAGCGGACACCAGGCCUGCCGGGUGCUCUGAGCAGCAGGUUCAUGAUGACCUCCCAACCACCACCAUCAUCAUGUGCUUCGUGGAUGAAGUGUGGUCCACCCUGCUGCGCUCUGUCCACAGCGUCCUCAGCAGGUCUCCUCCCCACCUGAUCGAAGAACUCAUUUUGGUGGAUGACUUCAGCACUAAAGAGUACCUCAAGGGGCCCCUGGACAGGUACAUGUCACAGUUCCCAAAGGUGAAGAUCCUCCGUCUCCAGGAGAGGCACGGCCUGAUACGGGCCAGACUGGCAGGAGCAGAGGUUGCCAAAGGCACCGUCCUGACCUUCCUGGACUCGCACGUGGAGUGCAACGUGGGGUGGCUGGAGCCGCUGCUGGAGAGGGUCCGUCUGAGCCGGGCCAAGGUCCCCUGCCCCGUCAUCGAGGUCAUCAGCGACAAGGACAUGAGUUACAUGACUGUGGACAACUUUCAGCGUGGGGUUUUCACUUGGCCAAUGAAUUUUGGAUGGAGGCAGAUUCCGCAGGAGGUCAUUGAGAAAAAGAAAAUAAAGGAAACUGAUAUCAUAAGGUGCCCGGUCAUGGCUGGUGGCCUCUUUUCCAUUGAUAAGAAGUAUUUUUUUGAGCUGGGAACAUACGACCCGGGACUGGAUGUUUGGGGAGGUGAAAAUAUGGAGAUUUCAUUCAAGGUCUGGAUGUGCGGUGGAGAGGUGGAGAUUGUUCCAUGCUCCAGAGUUGGGCACAUUUUCAGGAACGACAAUCCUUACUCCUUCCCAAGAGAUCGGGUGAGGACAGUGGAGAGGAACCUGGCCCGUGUUGCAGAGGUCUGGCUGGACGAGUACAAGGAGUUAUUCUAUGGCCACGCUUACCACUUAGUGUUGAAGAACCUGUAUGUCGGCGACCUGACUCAACAAAUCCAACUGCGAAAGAAGCUUCAGUGCAAGAGCUUCAGGUGGUACCUGGAGAACAUCUACCCGGACCUGGAAGCUCCCCUGGUUAAAGCCAGCGGGCUGCUGGUGAGCCUCGCCACGGCGAGGUGCCUCGCUGCGGAGAACGCCGCGCUGGCGAUGGAGGCCUGCGAUGCCCACAGCCCGCACCAGAAGUUCAACUACACCUGGCUGAGACUGAUCCGGCAGGGAGAGCUCUGCCUGUCCCCGACCACUGCCUCGGGAGCCCUGGGCCUGCGCCCCUGCCAGGGACGGGGCCGUGGCCAGACCUGGCUGCACAGGUCACUGGCCUCCCACCGCCCCGAGCUGACCGACCACCUCAUCUCGGAGCACCUCCAGCAGCCAGCGUGCUUGGAAGUGGAUCCCUCACACAGAGCCCUGAGGGUGAAUGCCUGCAACGCUGCAAAUCCUUAUCAAAAGUGGCAGUUUGGCAAUUACUAUGCAGACUGAACACAGCCGAACCAGAAAUGCUCUGUUUUCAUCUUGUGGAUGCAGCAAGGACAUCUGUGAGACUUGAAAUCCGUAAUUUAAACCAGCAGACUGAGAGAUCAGGAUUACCAAGAGCAGCACAUCUGGUUAAACAGCAUCUGUAACAGAUAGGUCUGUUUUUCCCAC